AUGGCGUGCGCCGAUGGUUUCUGCAAGGUGGUGCGAUACCUCAGCCGCGAAGAGAAGCGCAAAGAGUACGACCAUGAUAUGGAAAAUGCUCGCGAGCCUUGGCAAGAUCUCCGUAAUGACAUGAUCCGCAUCGGACACCAAUACUCCGACCAUACUACUGGCAUCACGAAUAUCGGGGAGAGCCUGCACGAUGCCUGGGACGAGCUUAUUCAUGCCGCAAAGAUCAUCCCAUCUGCCAGCUCCGAGCAUGAUCCCUGA